AUGGCCGAACGCUGGGACCGCGAUCGCUUUGAGCGAAUGCGCGGCGAACAAAACAGAGAUCGCUUCGAUGACGAUCGCUCUUAUACACGCAGCACACGAGGCCGCGACCACUCAGAUGAGCGAUAUGACCGUCGACCUGGCCGCGGUUACUACGAAGAAGAAGACAUCCGUGACCGUCGCUACUACGGCGAUGAUCGCUACCAGCCUCAGCGAGAAAGAGAGCGAGAUAUGCCACCUCCCUGGGCUCGCCGCACAGAUGUUCUAGAGAGAGAACGAGAGCGAGACUUUCCUCGCCGUGAAUCUCCACCUCGCCGACCAGGUUUCCUCCGUCGACAGUCAUCGCUUGACACCUUUGACCGCCGACCACGUAUCUUCCAGGAUCGCGAGGAGUACCCGCCUCCUGCUCGCCGUGAGGAUAUCCGUCCUCGAGAUCACCGAGAUCCUCGAGAUGACUACCGUGCUCCUCCUUACACACCUAUUCCUCUUCCCAAGAGCCGAGGACUGCCUCCACCUCGUAGAUACGGCGAUGAGUACUAUGACGACAUCAAGAUUGCCGAGCCCGACUAUUAUGGCGACGAUGAUUACCGAUCCAUGCCUGAGCGUGUUCGUGAGCGAGAAUACAUUCGAUCUCGCAACCGUCGUGGACGCAGCCGAGAAUCUCGGUCAACUCGAACUCGCUCUGUUCGAAGCAGCUCGUAUUCUUCAUCCUCAAGCCGCUCCUCUAGCAGCAGCGGUGGCACUACAGUGAAGAGCGAGUAUCCUAAGAAGGGCAAGACUCGCAUUCCUGCUAAGCUUGUUUCUAAGCGAGCUCUUAUUGAUCUCGGUUAUCCAUUCUUCGAAGAGGGCAACACAAUCAUUGUGCAAAAGGCUCUCGGCCAAGAUAACAUCGACGAGCUUCUCAAGGUCAGCGAGGAUUACAAGAAGGUCGAAGCUGAAAUUGCCGCCUCUCGAGAACCAAAGGCGCCUACUGCUGCUUUGCCUGCGCCUCCGCCCAAGGAGAAGGUCAGAGAGCCAACUCCGGAGCCACCGCCAGCCAAGACUCCCCCUCCUCCCGCUCCCCCAGUUCAAGGUCCUCCAGCCCAAGCACCUCCUGCUGCUGUUCCAGUCGCAACUCCAGCUCCUCCUCCACCCGCUCAGAUGAUGCCUCCCCCUCAACAAACUCCAAUGCCACCACCGCCGCCUGGACCACCUCCUGUUUUCUACCAGCCUGGCCCUCCGCCUCCCCCGCAACCAGGACCCUUCGAAUAUGCUGAGGAGACUGUCAUCCGAGACGUUUCGCCAUCUCGAUUCACCACAACCACCACUUCCUCCAGCUGGGACUCUUACCACCAUCAUCAUCACCCCGCCGAGGAGCUCGUCGUCCGAUCUCGCUCUCGAUCCCGAAGUGGUCGUGAGAUCCGAAAGGAGAUCAAGGCUCUGGAACGUGAGCUGGCUCACCGACCUCGAGGCCGUUCCACCAGCGGCGAGAUUGUCCGCGCAGAGCGCUUGCCCGAUGGACAGCUUGUUAUCCGAGAGGAGAGAUUGGAGAAGGUGGUUGAACACCGCAAACCUCCUCGUAUUGAGAAGGACAAGAAAGGUAGGAUGUCCAUUAGCGUACCUAAGUACCGUUAA